AUGUUUGCACGCAGAAUGGUGUCUGUGUGCACGUACAGUAGACUCAGAGGGGCUUCCGGAGCCUUUUCCACCGCCUCUGUGAGGCGAAACGACGGUGGCCGGGAGGGGUCAGACCCCCCCGGGCCGGUUCUGCUCCCCGGGAGGAGGAGAGCCCUUUCCCCGCUGGAGAGACUCCGCACCCUCCUGCCCCGGGACAACCUGAGCCCGGAGGUGGAGCUGCUCAGGGACCCGGAUGUGGAGCAGCUCCGGGACCCGGAUGUGGAGCAGCUCCGGGACCCGGAUGUGGAGCAGGGGGGGGCACACCUGGAGGAGGAGGGGGGGCCACACCUGGAGGAGUCAGCCCCAUCCUGCACACAGCUAAAAGAGGAGCGGCCCCCCCUCCCCGGGGAGACCCCGCUGGAGCGGCGCCCCCUCCCCGGGGAGGCCCCGCUGGUUCCCGGGGAGCUGCUGAUGGCGGAGCACCGGCGCAGGCGGGUGGAGUUUAGGAGGCUCUUCCUGCUGCAGGCGGGGGGGCGGCUGCAGAGCAAUGUGGGCGUGGCCUCGCACGAUGACAUCAUCGGGCGGGAAAAUGGGCGUGUCAUCAAGACCAGCCGGGGGGCGGCCAUCUUUGUCCGCCGGGCCAGUCUGGAGGACUACGUGCUGCACAUGAAGAGGGGGCCCGCCAUCGCCUACCCCAAGGACGCGGCCCACAUGCUGCUGAUGAUGGAUGUGGGUCCGGGGCAGCAGGUUCUGGAGGCCGGAUCCGGGUCAGGAGCCAUGAGCCUGUUCCUGUCCCGCGCAGUGGGGUCCUCGGGUGGCGUGCUGAGCCUGGAGGUGCGUUUGGACCACUGGCGGAUGGCGGUCCGUAACUACGAUCGUUGGCGAGCAUCGUGGGCCUGUCGCCAUGGCAACGAGUGGCCCGACAACGUCCGCUUCCUGCACGCCGACCUGGGCAACGCCGCGCCGCUGCUGGCCGGGCGCGGCUUCCACGCGGUGAUGUAUUCCAUGUUUUCCAGACUCCUCACCUGCUGGGGCCUGGUCCGGCCCCCCGCCCCCCCCCGGGCCCCCGCCCCCCCCCGGGCCCCGCCCCCCCCCGGGGCCCUCCCGGGUGUGGUACUGCCCGUCCUUCCUCAGGGCGGGGGUCACCAGCCACUCCCGGGCCGAAACCUCCACGAUCCGCUCACAACGCAGAGGCAGGGCGCAGCACCGGACCCCGUCCAGCAGAAGCCGCUGGCCCCCUGCUGCUCGGUGCAGAUGGCGGACUGCGGCGCGUCCCCGCGGCCCGUGCCGCUGCUCGCCGCCGCGCUGAGCGCCGGCGCCACGCUGCUGGCCUACGGCAGCCGGCUGCAGCCCGCUCUGGAGAGGGUGGUCCGGGAGGACGGGAAGGAUAAGAACUCGGUGGUGUCGUUCACUCUCACAGACGAGCCGCAGCACAUCGACCUGAUGGCCUCCAGCACCAAGGAGGAGGCUCUGCGGCUGGCGGUGGUCUGCAGGGACGGGCAGCUGCAUCUGUUCGAGCACUUCCUCAACGGCGCAGCCUCCUAG